GUCCGCCCCGCGCCGCCGAGUCCCGCGCCCCGCGCACGCCCGCCGCUGCGUCCCGACCGAGUGCGGAGCCCGGCGCGAUGCGACGCUCCGAGGCGGGCCGCGCCGUGCUCCUGGCGCUGCUGGCCGCGCACUUCCAGGCGAGUCCGGCGCUGGAGGAGAAGAAAGUUUGCCAAGGGACAAGUAACAAGCUCACCCAGUUGGGCACUUUUGAAGACCACUUUCUGAGCCUCCAGAGGAUGUUCAAUAACUGUGAGGUGGUCCUUGGGAAUUUGGAAAUUACCUACAUGCAAAGUAGUUACGACCUUUCUUUCCUAAAGACCAUCCAGGAGGUUGCUGGCUAUGUACUCAUUGCCCUCAACACAGCGGAGAAGAUUCCUCUGGAAAAGCUGCAGAUCAUCAGAGGAAAUGUGCUCUAUGAAAGCACCCAUGCCCUAGCGGUCUUAUCCAACUACGGUGCAAAUAAAACGGGACUGAGGGAGUUGCCCAUGAGAAACUUACAGGAGAUCCUGCAAGGCGCCGUGCGGUUCAGGAACAACCCUGUCCUCUGCAACAUGGGGACCGUCCAGUGGAGGGACAUCGUCAACACCGACUUUCUGAGCAACAUGUCGAUGGAAUUUCAGGACCAGCUGGGCAGAUGCCCAAAGUGUGAUCCAGUCUGUCUUAAUGGAAGCUGCUGGGGUGCGGGGAAAGAGAACUGCCAGAAACUGACCAAAGUCAUCUGUGCCCAGCAGUGUUCCGGGCGCUGCCGCGGCAGGUCCCCCAGCGACUGCUGCCACAGCCAGUGUGCCGCCGGCUGCACGGGGCCGCGGGAGAGUGACUGCCUGGUCUGCCGCAGGUUCCGGGACGGAGCCACGUGCAAGGACACAUGCCCGCCACUCAUGCUGUACGACCCCACCACCUACGAGAUGAAAGUCAACCCGCUGGGGAAGUACAGCUUCGGCGCCACCUGUGUCAGGAAGUGCCCCCGUAACUACGUGGUGACGGACCACGGCUCGUGCGUCCGCGCCUGCAGCUCUGACAGCCAGGAGGUGGAGGAGGACGGCGUCCGCAAGUGUAAAAAGUGCGACGGACCUUGUGGCAAAGUUUGUAACGGGAUAGGAAUUGGUGAGUUUAAAGAUACACUUUCCAUAAAUGCUACAAAUAUUAAACACUUCAGAAAUUGCACCUCGAUCAGUGGAGACCUUCAUAUCCUGCCAGUAGCAUUUAGGGGUGAUUCCUUCACCCGUACUCCACCUCUGGACCCAAAGGAACUGGACAUUCUAAAAACUGUAAAGGAAAUAACAGGGUUUUUGCUGAUUCAGGCCUGGCCUGCAAACAGGACUGGCCUCCAUGCUUUUGAGAACCUGGAAAUCAUACGUGGCAGGACAAAGCAACAUGGUCAGUUUUCUCUUGCGGUUGUUGGCCUGGAUAUAAUGUCCUUGGGAUUACGCUCCCUCAAGGAGAUAAGUGAUGGAGAUGUGAUCAUUUCAGGAAACCGAAAGUUGUGCUACGCAGAUACAAUAAACUGGAGAAAACUCUUUGGGACCUCAAGUCAGAAAACCAAAAUCAUAAACAACAGGAGUGAAAAAGAGUGCAAGGCCAUGGGCCACGUCUGUAACCCUCUGUGCUCGUCAGAGGGCUGCUGGGGCCCGAAACCCAAAGACUGCGUGUCCUGCCGAAACUUCAGCCGUGGCAAGGAGUGUGUGGAGAAGUGCAACAUUCUAAAGGGAGAGCCCAGGGAGUUCGUUGAGAACUCCGAGUGCGUGCAGUGCCAUCCGGAAUGCCUGCCCCAAGCCAUGAACGUGACCUGCACGGGACACGGACCAGGCAGCUGUGUAAAGUGUGCCCACAACAUCGACGGCCCUCACUGCGUCAAGACCUGCCCUGCUGGAGUCACAGGAGAAAACAGCACCCUGAUCUGGAAGUAUGCAGAUGCCAAUCACGUGUGUCACCUGUGCCACCCCAGCUGCACCUACGGCUGUGCUGGGCCAGGUCUUGAAGGCUGUGCAGUGAAUGGGCCCAGGAUUCCGUCCAUCGCCACCGGGAUCGUGGGCGCCCUGCUGCUGGCUGUGGUGCUGGCCCUGGGCGUCGGCCUCUUUCUGCGCAGGCGCCGCAUCGUCCGCAAGCGCACGCUGCGCCGGCUGCUGCAGGAGCGCGAGCUUGUCGAGCCUCUGACGCCCAGCGGAGAAGCUCCCAACCAAGCUCUCUUGAGGAUCUUAAAGGAGACGGAAUUAAAAAAGGUCAAGGUGCUGGGCUCCGGAGCCUUCGGCACGGUGUACAAGGGACUCUGGAUCCCAGAAGGCGAGAAGGUUAAAAUUCCUGUGGCUAUCAAGGAAUUAAGAGAAGCCACAUCUCCAAAAGCCAACAAGGAGAUUCUUGAUGAAGCCUACGUGAUGGCCAGCGUGGACAAUCCUCACGUGUGCCGCCUUCUGGGCGUCUGCCUGACGUCCACGGUACAGCUCAUCACCCAGCUCAUGCCCUUCGGCUGCCUGCUGGACUAUGUCCGUGAGCACAGAGACAGCAUCGGCUCCCAGCACCUGCUCAACUGGUGCGUGCAGAUCGCAAAGGGCAUGAACUACCUGGAGGACCGGCGCUUGGUGCACCGAGACCUGGCGGCCAGGAAUGUGCUGGUGAAGACGCCGCAGCACGUCAAGAUCACAGACUUCGGGCUGGCCAAACUGCUGGGCGCCGAGGAGAAGGAGUACCACGCAGAAGGGGGCAAAGUGCCUAUCAAGUGGAUGGCUUUGGAAUCCAUUUUACACCGAAUUUAUACCCACCAGAGUGAUGUCUGGAGCUACGGAGUCACCGUUUGGGAGUUGAUGACCUUUGGGUCCAAGCCUUACGACGGGAUCCCCGCGAGUGAGAUCUCAACCGUCCUGGAGAAGGGAGAACGCCUGCCUCAGCCGCCCAUCUGCACCAUCGACGUCUACAUGAUCAUGGUCAAGUGCUGGAUGAUUGAUGCAGAGAGUCGCCCAAAGUUCCGUGAGUUGAUCAUUGAAUUCUCCAAAAUGGCCCGAGACCCCCAGCGCUACCUUGUCAUCCAGGGGGACGAGAGGAUGCAUCUGCCCAGCCCUACAGACUCCAACUUCUACCGCGCCCUGAUGGACGAAGAGGACAUGGAGGAUGUCGUGGAUGCCGAUGAGUACCUCAUCCCCCAGCAGGGCUUCUUCCACAGCCCCACCACUUCCCGGACGCCCCUCCUCAGUUCUCUGAGCGCCGCCAGCAACACUCCCACUGUGGCUUGCGUUGAUAGAAACGGGCAGAGCUAUCCCCUCAAGGAAGAUAGCUUCUUGCAGCGGUACAGCUCAGACCCCACUGGCGCCUUGACCGAGGAUAGCAUAGAUGACGCCUUCCUUCCAGCGCCCGAAUACGUAAACCAGUCCAUUCCCAAAAGGCCCGCGGGCUCUGUCCAGAACCCCGUCUAUCACAAUCAGCCUCUGAACCCGGCUCCAGGCAGAGAGCCUCACUACCAGAAUUCCCACGGCAAUGCCGUCGACAGCCCCGAGUAUCUCAGCGCCGCCCACCCCGCCUGCACCAACGGUGUGCUCGACGGCCCUGCCCUCUGGGCGCAGAAGGGCGGCCACCAGAUUAGCCUGGACAACCCUGCCUACCAGCAGGCCUUCCUUCCCAAGGAAGCCAAGUCAAACGGCAUCUUUAAGGGUCCUGCCGCUGAAAAUGCAGAAUACCUGAGGGCAGCACCAGCAGGCAGUGACCUUACUGGGGCCUGACCACGGAGGAUGGCCUCAGCCCUAAAAAUUCCAGCCCCUGCGGCCCCCAGGACCAAGCCACGGCAGCUACUCAAUCCUGUCAGCCAUACUCACAUUAACUCUUGGACCCACGGGCUGGUUUGGCCACAUUUGCCGUGAUCGGCCCAUCUUUCAGCCAACAAGUGCCCCCGACUCGGAUGCACUUUGGGGAGUUGCAGGGACACUCCUUUGUCUUCAAACUGUGACGCUUCCACAAAAGGCAUCCAGAAAGAAUGCUGUCCAUUUGGGCAGAAGUUCACCUUUCAAUGAGAUGAGGUAUAUUUGAAAAACACUAAACAUGUUUAAGGAGUUUUAUUGCUUGGGGACCUCUGGGGUUUUAAUUGUCAUUGAUUUUGCUCUUAAUGGGCUUUUCCAAUGAGGGAAAAAUCUUGCUUGUAGCACCUGUGGCACUGAGUUGACCCAGGCCCACCUGUGACCAAGAAGCAAGGGUCGGUCUUCCAGCUAACACUUGAUUCCAUUGGCUCUGCUUGGAGACUCUUCCAUUGCAAGACAGUUGAAUAACGAACCAGUCCUCUGGAUCCUAAGCAGGCCCGAUUGGUACUAUUAUCAAAUCACGGCAGGUGCAAGAGGAUAAGCCACUUGGAACUCUUCCUGGGCAAGGAAGAAACAGAGGGGGGAGAAUUCUUCCUCAGACUUACUUUUAUAUAAAUGUCUCCAUGGUACUUAACUCUCCAUUGGUUGACCAGUGUUUUCUGAUUAUUAGAUUUGUUUCUUUUCCAUUCCACUGUUUUGAAAUUCAGUAUGCUUUCCCUGUCAGCAGGAGGAGACGGUAACCAAGAUCAGCUCAUAUUUGAUUCAUCAGCAUUCAGACCAGUUGCCUUUAAUUGAGAUGGGAUGACAGCGCAAAAAGGAACAAAUCCCCCAAAUUUGAGUCUCAGAGGAAAUACAUCAAGUCCUUUGGGGGUCGGGGGACAGGCAUGUAUCGGGAGACUGCAAAAACGAAGCUGCUCUUAAAACUUUUAGCUCCCCCCAACCAAAAAAAAAUUUGUUUAAGCUAUUCAUGGAAGAUAGUUUUCCUUUUAUUUCACUUCAAGGGUUUUUUACUCCAAGGGUACUUUGCCCCUCACUGGUAAGCUGCCCCUGAAGCUCCUCCUUGCCCUUGGUGAGCUGAAGGGCCCAGGCUCCGGGGCAGCUCCACAGCAAUGUCUCGCCCUCACCACUGCUGGCACGUUUUAGAACAGAGACAGCAGUUUGUGUCGUGUGGAAUUCAAGUGGUAAAUAUGAAAUUUGACUUUGAUGAUACUGCCUUCAUAACAUCUAUAGGCAUGUGAGAAGAAGAAAGCAAUUUCCCCUUAAAAUAACUCCCUGUAAUUGGAGGACCUGCUGCUUAGGACACCAGCAUUUUCUCACCUGUGUCCCCACACCCUGACUGUUAACACACUUCUCUGUAGACAGUGUUACAAACACUGUUAGUCAACAUCCAUCUCAGCCAGGAAGAAAUGCUUCAGACAGUAUUUUCAGCCACCCCUCCCACAUCCACGAUUUUCCUUUAGCUUAGUUAUUUAUUGACUCAGAUGGAUCAGGGCCCCAGUUUUGUUACCAAAGUAUUUUAUCUUGUCUCAAUGGAAAUAUAAACUAUAUUCAAUUCAAUUCCAUCACAUCGUGUUCUAAAUACCCUUGAACACCUUACCAGCCCGGCAUAGGUACUGAAGAUAAACAAAACAUAAUCCAUGAUUCCACGAAAUUCACAAUUGAGCGAAGAAAACUGACUCACAAACACCAGCCUUAAAACAAUAUGACAGGUGCCAGACAUGACAUGUCAGCCCGGCACCGUGACAGCACAAAGCAGGGAGUAAGGGGGACCGGGUCCUGGAGGAGCCGUGGUGGAGGUGGGUUAAAAGACCCCCAGGGCGUCAGCCACUGGAAAAUGGAAAGUGCAUUCCCAGAAGAGGGAGCCUCAACCGCGAAAGCAUCUGCCACAGGAACCACUCGUGCAGCCAGUCUGCAGGCCCGCUGCCCCUUCCGGCCUGGGAGUCACGUUCCCCAAGGGCCCUUCGGGUCCGUCCCCACGGGGGAUUUGAACAUGAUUCGAGGAAAGAUUAAACAACACCUCUUAAGAAUCUGAAAUUUUAUGUCCUUGUCAGUAAACCACUUUCAUUAUUUAUUCACCUCAGAACAUAAAUACUUUAGCCCACUAUUUAUCCAGCACUGAGAAACAGAACGGUUCACAUUCUGCUGUCACUUAUUUGUCAGGAAGCAGAUGGUGAGGGAGGGCCACAACAUGCUGGUCCAAUGGUAGCAGUCAAAUCCUAGUAUUUUUGUAAUUUGAAAUACUUUACUAUAACAUAAUAAAACAGCAAGAACUAUGCAAGUUUUUUCUUCUUUGUAUUUCAGUUUUCCUGCGUAAAAUGUAGUUGCUAAAUUCUCUUGAAGAUUGUGUUUCCCAGAAUGGUCUCACUAUGUCUGUCCAGGGAGGUGCAGGGGGGCCUGUAGAUGCAUCAGAGCCCAAGAGAGCCUGAGUCCAGCCCGGGGGUCCCUGGGAGGUCAGGAGGGGGGCUCCCAGGGCUCCAGGAUUCCCACGUUGUGGCUCUGACCGGCCGGACCUCAAAGCUUAACGCUCACCCCUUUGGUUCCUCCUAGUUGACACCAGGCCCCGAGGUCCCACAGAGAGCCUGUCUUCUGUUGCCUCCCCAGCCACCCCUGGAACCCUUCCCCACGGCUCAGCUCCAGACCAGGCCUUUGGACACAGGUCAGGGGGAAGUAAGAGUCAGAGGCUAACGUUUACAGCUGACCCUUGAACAACAUGGGUGCGGGUCCCCUUAGACGUGGAUUUUUUCACUAGUGAACGUGACAGUUCUACACGAGCCCCAGUUGGCUGAAUCCUCAGAUAAAGAACCGGAGGCUCCAGAGCGCCAACUUACUCAAGUUACUGGCGGGUCCACUGCUCAGAGGGUCAGCGCCCCAACCUGAGUCAUUCCAGGGUCAGCUGUCCAGUGGGCCUUACACACAUCUUCUCACAUAAUCUUUAAGGGGUCCCUAUUGUCACACUCUGCGAAAAAAUUGUUCUGUCACCUCAGGAAGACAGAGAUGAAUCUUCCAAACUCUAGGUUUGCUCUGGUCCAAGCUGUCGCUGAUUUUACAGCUAGGAGCACAGUGGUGGAGACAGCGUUCCAGUUGACCAUAAGGCUUCGGUAUUUGUUGAAAGUUCUUAAUUAAUUUUGAGCUUUAGCCCUCCCCCGCCCCAACUGCAGACAGACGUGAACCAUGAAUUGCAGAAGCACGAAGGUCGUGCUUCUCAGGCUGGCUGCCCUUGGGAGUCUCCCGGGUCCCAACCAAAAAGGGUCUGAAUUCGUCUCAGGUGCAGCCUGGGCCCAGGGAUUUUCAGAGCUUCCCCAGGUGACUCUGAAGAGCGCCAGAGUUUGGGGCGCAGCCGUGUAAAGGAAAGGCUCUGCAGGGGAGACCCAGCCUCGGGCCGACGGCCUCCCGCUCAUGGUGCGCUCAGCGUGUAGGAUGCGGCUGUUCGGUUUCAGCGACUCACGGUUCUCACGCUUGCUGCCCAGCAGGACCGCCUGUGAGCUCAAAAGGACCAAGUGAAUGGGAAUUCUCCGGGCUCCCCGUGUGGUUCUAAUGGGCAACCAGAGUUGAAACCCUCAUCUCUAAGGUCACCUUCCCUUGUACAAGCCUAGGCGUCUGCACCGUGCCCCCAAGUCAGGGCAGCAUCAGAGAAACUGUGUGUGUGGAAGAGAUUCCCGAGGCAGGCCCCGAACGACCCGCUGUCCCCGGUGUGCCUGGAGACUCAGCCGCUGGUGGCCAUUCCGGAAGCCUCUAAUUCCUUGUCACCAGCAGCUAACUCAUCCUGAAAGUGGCAGAUACCCAAAUCUGAGCCUUGAGAAAGCCCUGGACAGUUUCAUUUUCCAAGAAGUAUUAGAAAAAUCCAUCUCCUGCUGCGGGGAAUGAGCUGCUCACCCAAAGUGGCAGCUGUUGAAAUCGCCCUUAACAUCUAUUCUGCAUUUCUUUCCUGGUGACGAGCACAUCAUUACAACAUAAUGAUCUUUGUUUUUUCUUUGCUGGGGCUGUAAAACCUUAGUGAAUAGAAACCCCUACCUCCAUCACCUAUCACACCGGCUGUAUGAGGAGCACAGAUUUUUUACUAUUAAAGACACAUUCCAACAAGAUUUUUAAAUGUAAGCCUAUUUUUGUAACUUUUUUGAGCACUGAACUUUGUAAGGUAUAUUUAUAGGAAAACUCACUUUUCUACUAAAAGAAAUAGCUUACUUUAGAAAGACUGCAAGAGAAUCAAAAUUUGAAACUGAAAUUUUUGUUUAAAGGGAUUUGACUGAAACGAGAGAAAAUUCUCUUCUCUCUCAUAAAAAGGCACAACAUCAUUGCAGAGCUAGGCUAGGUUGUUGUCCUGAUGAAGAGGAGACUCGUUUUUAUAUCUAUAAAGUGAGAAAAAGGUGGAAAGCACAUUUAGUUUCUUGGUCUGAAGCAGGUUCAUUGGACUCUGGGGCAAUUCGGUGGGAAAGAAUCACUGUUACAACUAAUACACAACUUCAACUGCGUGCCGUACUCCACCCAUCUGCCAACGGGACCCUGUAAAUGUGGGAGAAACAACAGCGGAGCACUUUGCUGGUUUCUCUAUCCCAAUCUGGCUUUGAUGCAAAGUAUUUUAUUUUUGUAUUUACAAUUGAUAUGCAAUUACGAUAUAGACUAGAAACACCAGCAGAGCCCUAAUAACGUUUAGCGUGUUUGAUGAAUGCCACCAACGGUCUUCCAAACUAAGCUGUUCCUGCACCCUAGGGAUGGGGUUCUCAACGCCGGCUGCACAGUGAAAUCGAGGGGGGAGCUUCUGAAAAUCUUGAGGCCCAGCCGUGCCUCAGGCCAGCGAAACCCAGGAUUUAUACUUUGUAAAGCUCCCAAAAUCAUUCUGGUGUUCAGCCAAGGCUGAGAACCACCAGCCUAGAGAUUAGCCACAGGUGUGUGGACUUGCAGGCAGAUUCUGCAGUUGUAGACACCUGAGGAUUGAGAGAAGUCCAAGCACAAAGACCCCAGCAUCGGACUUCCCUGGUGGCGCAGUGGUUAAGAAUCCGCCUGCCGAUGCAGGGGACACGGGUUCAAGCCCCGGUCCGGGAAGAUCCCACAUGCCGCGGAGCAACUAAGCCCAAGCGCCACAACUACUAAGCCUGUGCUCUAGAGCCCACACACCACAACUACGGAGCCGCGAGCCUAGAGCCCCUGCUCGGCAACAAGAGAAGCCGCCACAAUGAGAAACCUGCGCACCGCAACGAAGAGUAACCCCCGCUCGCCACAACUAGAGAAAGCCUGUGUGCAGCAACGAAGACCCAACACAGCCAAAAAUAAAUUAAUUUUUUAAAAAACCCAGCAUCACUCGCUGAGCGUCAGGAAGCUGGAUGGACGGGGAGGGUCCAGGGCACGUGCCCAAGCACUAGAGGGGAGAGGGCCAAAAGGAAAUACAGAACAGACCCCUUUUUUCCAUGUCUUCCAUUAAAAGUGGACUGAUCGUGAGCAUCCUUGCUGCUUCUGCAACCAGCUGGCUGCCCUGCCCGGAGCCGCUGUGCAUCCCUUAUUGCCCAGGGAGAAAGGAAGCAGCUAUCCACAGAGCAAGCCGGCAAGGAGAUUGCAUGAGUAGUUGCAUGGCGUUUGUAAAAACCAGAGCCAACGAGAGGAUGCUUGCUUUAAGAAACACGUCUUAUAUU